AUGCCCAACGAAAUGGUUGUCGAAUUCUCGGUCAGAGCAGAAACAUCCUUUGGGCAGUGGGUCGGAGUGGUUGGCUGCACUCCAGAGCUUGGGAACUGGGACACGGCCAGAGCAGUUGCCCUGGCAACAGACGUAUCCUCAUACCCAGUUUGGUCUGCGAAGAUCACCAUCAAGUGCCCAUCUGUGGCAAUAGACUUCAAAUUUAUCAAAUUCGAGGAGUUUAAGUCUCCUGUGUGGGAGGAAUGUGACAACCGCCACGUUGAGGUAGUGGCACUCGUGUCCGGCGGAGAGACAAACAGUGGCAUUCCACACUUUGGAGUGAACAACUUCUGUUACGUGCCGAGGUCUUGGAGCUCUUGUGCCAAGGCCGAAGAUCCCGCGGUGCCGCAAACGCAGGAAACCAUGCGAAUGACGAAGCGACGCUUCAGCGCAUUGGCUGAAUGUGGAGAGCCAAGGCGCAACACUUCCUCCACCCUUCUCACUGAGAGGGUUCGAUUGGUGGCAGAGCAGUGGGGGCGAUGCCAAAACCUUUCCGGUCCUGAGCAAUGUGUCAUUCUGAAGCUCAAGGGCAUCAAGGAAACGGAAGCGAACAAACUCGUUGUGGAAGUGGUGUUCAAGGCAGCCAGCCAGAAACCCACAUUGUCCCUGAAUCUGACUUCCUGGGAUGCAGAGGGCUUGCAGGCAGCAUGGUCUAUGGCGGUCACCGCAGUGGAGCUGUCACCGGGAAUGCAUUUCUUCCACUUUCGCGUGAAUGGCGCGUUCGCAUUGUCUGGUGAACACAUCCGCAUUGGCCGCUGGAAUGCCUUGCAUUGCAGCGACCCACUUCGUCGCUAUUUGUUGGCGAGAGACAGCAAUGGCCAGCUGUCCGAGGAAGGACAAAUGGUCGAGAAGACCCGAUCCAAGCGAAUUGGUGAUAUGGCUUUUCAUUCCGUCGUCGGAGAUGCUUCGUCAGCCGACGCGAUUGGUUUGCAGGAGUGCGGGGGCCAGAUUGUCCGCCCAUAUAGUGUCUGUGGACAUCUGGCCCGCGAUGACUCCGAUGAGCGUGACAAUCAGGAUGCAGCGAAUUCGUUUGCUCCGUUCGCCAUUGAGGUGUAUGAAGGCUUGUUCGAUCGAGAGCUGAUGCUUCGCUUGGACGGAGUGGUGCUUCCAGAGGUUCCCGAGCCACCCCUUCAGCUGGGUGAAAACGCAGAAUGUGCGUUGCGACUCUGGGCCGGAGCUCACCUGAUCAAGAAGGCACAUGGCGCUUGUGAGGAUGCGUUCUUUGUGGACCCUCAUGGCAUGGGUGUGGCUGAUGGAGUCGGCUGCAUGGUGCAAUUUGCAAGCUACGGCAUCAACGCGGCUCAAUACGCCGCAGAGCUGAUGGAAUUCUCCUCCGCGGCUCUGAAGUCUGAUGAUAUUGCCAGCGAGGAGAAGAUCCGAAGUGACGUGGCCCGUCGUGCGGCCACCGCUCUGCAGCAUGCAGAGUCGCAAGCGGCUGCAUACGGAGCCUCCACCGCUGUGGUCCUAUGCCAGCAAGGAAACUUCCUGGGAGUGGCAAAUCUUGGUGACUCAGGAUUCAUGGUUCUGCGCAAGGGCCCAACAGGGAUGUCCGCAGGGGUUCCCAGUGGUCGUGGCCAGGUGACCAGGGAGUGA